GCAUCAUAAUCAAGGUUGUCAACCCGCGGGUUGACCCGGAUCCGGUUGAGCUAGUGGGUUAAGGGUUAAUGGAUCACCCGGUUUAGCCCGGUUUAGCCCGAAAAUAUGGAAAGCGUCAUUAUAUUGUACUUAUCCUGAUAAAUUAUAUCAAAUCUCAUCUAACAUAUGAGUUAUAACAUAUAAUAUUACACCAAAAUAACAUUUCGUACUUAGAUUCAACAUAUAGUGAAAAUUCACACACACUUAUAUAACAUUAAUAUUCAAAUGUUCAACUUAGGAUUCCAAAGAUUGAGUUAGGCGAAAAGAAAAAUUGGAAAAUAGGCGCAUUUCGCAAAAUAAAGAAAAAAAUGACACAAUUUGACCUCCAACCCGGUACCUUGUGGAGGUCGACCCGGCGGGUGCGUGCGGCCCGUUUUUCUCACCGGGUCAGGGUCAAAGUGGGUCAACCCGCGGGUCGACAACCUUGAUCAUAAUUUGAUUUUAAGUGACCUUAAUGUAUAGUGGGUAGUUGUGUUACCUUUAUCUAUCUUAUUGGAGUAUUAAUUUAGCAGGUUAAGUGGAUUAAUUAGUCACUUUGAACAGGACCCAAUCUGGAAAGACGCAAAACAAAAUACUCAACUUCCAACACAUCAAAAUCAUUGUUAAUUGUUCAAGACUUCAAGACCAAGUCUCUGUUCAAGAAUAUGAUUUGUAAAGGAACAUCAAGGGGACACUGCAAUAAAAGUAGCUCGUAACUUCAUUAGACGCGGCUAAGUAACCUAGAAGGAAGCUAGAACAAUGUGAAAAGUCCACACGUGAACCUGACCCCUAUAAACAUUUAUCAAAUCUAAGAACGUACACAUGUCAUCGUCCUAUACGCCAUAGCAACCUUCCCUUGUUCAGCAAUCAGCAGGCACACUAGCCUCAUUCGCGUUGGUUUACAGUAUAAAGCCAUAAACAAAGACCAGAAGGAGCUGGGAUGGACUAGUCAUUUUAAUUGCUAUAGCAUCUCCAUCUGCGUUGACCCAAAGCAAACAAAAUGAUCAAUCCUUUCGCUACAGAGCCCCUUAAUCAUUCAUCGUCAUCCUCAACCUCAACCUCUUCACCAGCCCCUGUUUCUCAAGCUCAUCAGCAGCCGACGGCGGCAGCAGCAUCUCCGGCGGAGCAAUGGGGGACUUACGUGAUGGGUGCCCCGGCGGCGCCUUCUUCCCACCCGGACAACCAGAAAGCCGCUGCCUUCUGGGGCGCAACCAGCUCUACGGUGGCUAAUACUACUCCGCCUGAUCCGCAGCAGCAGUACAACAAUGCUCAUCAUCAACAACAGCAACAUCCUUACUUGGUCUAUUCUCCGGCGGAGAAACCCGCCGGCAGUCCCAUGGAAUCCAUUCUCCACGUCUUCAAUUCAUGGACCAACAAAGCUGAGACACUGGGCAACAACAUCUGGAACAACCUGAAGACGAAUUCCUCUGUCUCGGGAGCAGCUUGGGGCAAAAUGAAUCUGACGGCGAAGGCUAUCUCCGAAGGCGGAUUCGAAUCCCUGUACAAGCAGACUUUCGCCACUUACCCCAACGAGAAGCUCAAGAAGCGAUUCGCCUGCUACCUCUCCACCGCCACCGGCCCUGUUGCCGGAACUCUGUACCUCUCCAACAUCCACGCCGCCUUCUGCAGCGACCGGCCUCUGUCCUUUGCCGCGCCAUCCGGGCAGGAGACAUGGAGCUACUACAAGGUUGCAGUGCCGCUGAACAAGAUCGUCGGAGUGAAUCCUGUGGUGAUGAGGGAGAAGAAUCCGCCGUCGGAGAAGUAUAUUCAAGUCGUGACGGUGGACGGACACGACUUCUGGUUCAUGGGUUUCGUCAAUUUCGACAAGGCGGUGAAGCAUUUGAGUCAAGGGAUCUCCAGCAUGGUAACCCCAGCUGUGGCCGUCUAGCUCAAGUAUAUCGGAUGCACUCUUUAGCAAUAACAUCAUGUACUUGUU